GGCCAUUUUUGUUUGUAACUGUUUUGAAGAAGUGGGGAGGUUGUAAUCAAAACGAUUUCUAAAGAAAAUCUUACCUAAAGCGAUGAAAAAUUAAAAGACAUAAAUGUUUAAAAGUGCUAUGAGUUCACCGUGGACCCACCCUUGUACCUAACCGAUAUACUUUACAGUACGUUCCCAACCUUUUUCAUAACGUUCGAGUUUGUCCGACGGCAAUCAUGGAACUUCACGAUGAUCGCGUUUACGCCGCCGAAAAGAUCAUCAAGAAACGAACUAGAAAGGGUGUGGUGGAAUAUUACGUAAAAUGGAAAGGUUGGGGUCCAAAACACAAUACUUGGGAACCAGAAGAAAAUAUUUUAGACGUUCGCUUGAUAGAUUUAUACGAACGUUCACAAAGAAAUGAAGGCGCCAAACGAGGUCCUAAAAGAAAACAUCCGGAUCGUUCUCAAACGACAGAAGAAGAAGUUCGACAAAGUGGAGAAGAGAGUCAAGAUGAAUCUACGCAUUCUGUUAAAAAAUCACCAGAAUUACCAGCUUUAGAAGACGACGAUACUCGCGUUGACGAAGAUUUGGAUACUCAAGAUGCAAAAUCUGUUGAUACAGAUAACGAAAAUAAUAGUUCGAGUAGUGAAGAUCGAAGACCAAUUUUGGAGCGAUUAGAACCAACUAAACGUAAAGCGGAAGUUUUAUCGAAAGAAUCCGGUAAAACGGGGAUUAAAAUAACGACAAGUCCGACGGUUAGUAGUCCUCCACCUUUGAAAAUCUCUAAGAUUCAUAAGGAAGAGGAGGAUGCUUCAAAUUUGGCGGUUUUACCAGCUACGACACCUAAAUCUAACGCUGAUAAAAAACCGAAUGCUUUAGAAGGCUCUUUACCACAUAGUACACUAAAAGAACCUGCUUCUCCAAAACCAAUCGCUUCUAGAACAAACGAUAAACAGCAAGAGAAAAAACCAGAAGUUAAACAUAAAAAUACCAGCCAUAAAACUGAAAAUGGUCAUAAUAGUGGAGAAAUUGAAAAUAAUGUUCCGCAACUAACCAGCCCUGGAGCCGAUUAUUGGUUAGCAAGAAAUCCUUUAGCUGAUCAAGUAUUUAUUACUGACGUUACAGUUAAUUUAAAUACGGUUACUAUAAGGGAAUGUAAGACUGGGAAAGGAUUUUUUAGUGGAGAGACUGCGUGAAGAUUCUUUUUAUAAUUAGAUAAAUAAGAGAAAGCGAAGAUAGAACGGGUUUAACUCUGUUAUCAAUCUUUUUUUAGUCGCUAAAAUAAAAUUAAUUUUUAUAUUAGGCAUAAUGAUAAUUACAUUAAAUGAAGAUGUAAUUCUGUAUUUAUUUUUAUAUUGAAUUGACGGUUAAAUAGAUUAAUAGUUGAGAUUAAGUGUAGUUUAAGAAAUUAUGAUACUUUCAAAGUAUUCUUAUUUGAUUUUUUUAUAUAAUUUAUUCAUUAAGGCUUUUUAACCAUACAAAGUAAAUCAAUUAACUGACUUUUUUUAAAUAAAUAAAUUAAAUCGCUCGGUUGAAUCACUUUGUAUAUAAUACUUCGUUUUUAUCCAAUACUUUGAAGAUAUCAUAAAAAAAUGAAAGAAUCUAUUUUGUGAAUCAUGUACUAUAAAAAAAAUGAUACCUGUAAUU